AUGGAUCUCCCCAACAAUUCCAUUGUAAAUCCUCUUGCACCUCCGCCCACUUGGCGGAAAAAGGGUGGGGGCCACAGUGCUGGUCAGAAUGCAAAACUGAAGUCCAAUGUUGCCCCACCACCCUAUGUGCCUCCCAUUGUGAAUGGUCCUAGCUCAGCUGAUAUGCCUCUGAAUUCCAUCCCUCAGUCUUCAACAGCAGUAGCGACACCUGUCUUCCAUCAGCACCCCACAGACUCCCAUCACUUUGGUUUCAGUGUUCUGGCUCAACAGCCAGGUCAUAUCAUGCCUCCUGGGAUGGAGCCUGACCUUAAAGUGCUCAAUAAUCCUUAUAUUGCCAUGAUUCAGGGAGACCAAGGUCCACCACCUGCUACCAUCCCUGACUCUUGUAUCGACCCCUCCCUUGAUAGCUUGCUCUCAUCGAGACAAACUUCAGCAACCACUGACAUUUGCCACAAGAGUUCAGAGAAGCUGUCAUCAGAGGGCUCCUCAGAAGAGGAGUCAGAGUCCUUGAGUAAUAACCCACCAGAUGCAGAGGCUGGUGAGGUCUCUGACAAUGAGUUUGACAAAGAUGAGGACGAUGCAUUUGGAUGGGGUGCAAUGAAUCUUAGGCAAUCAACUCAUCCUGGAUUCUCCCAAGAAAUGAUGACAAGCAAUCCUAUUUACCACAAUUCCUUACCCCCUGACCACAAGUUUCAGUACUCACACAAUGAGGAUGACAAUGCAGCUCUGUGA